GAAGCCUACUCCGUAGCCAGGCAGUUUAACAUGAUACCGCCCGUGUGCGAACAAGCUGAAUACCACCUUUUCCAAAGGGAGAAAGUGGAGGUUCAGCUGCCAGAAUUAUAUCAUAAAAUAGGGGUUGGAGCAAUGACGUGGUCUCCACUAGCCUGUGGGAUCAUCUCAGGGAAAUACGGCAACGGGGUCCCUGAAAGCUCAAGGGCUGCACUAAAGUGCUACCAGUGGCUGAAAGAGAAAAUCGUCAGCGAGGAAGGCAGAAAGCAGCAGGUGAAGCUGAAAGACCUGUCGCCCAUCGCCGAGCGCCUCGGGUGCACGCUGCCUCAGCUGGCCGUCGCAUGGUGUCUGAGAAACGAGGGGGUGAGCUCCGUUCUUCUAGGAUCUUCCAACCCGGAGCAGCUGAUAGAGAACCUCGGAGCCAUACAG